CGUAACGUUCUAGCGCAUUGAGCACUAAAAAUAUCAAUUUAAUUUUCUUGCUGAAAUUCGUUCACUAAAUUGCGUUUUACAGCUCAGGAUUUUGAAAAAGAGACUAUUUAUUCUAUAUUAUUGAUUAAAAGACAUCUACUCUUCACUCCUACAGCCUGAAAUAUAGCAAAAGUGGAAAGAUUAGCUAAAUAUCGCAGAUUGUUUAGGGCGUGUGUCGAUUGGCAGUGUUGUCAAAAUUUAUACUUUCUGGAAAGUUUCAGUUUGCUCGGCGCGUUCCUGUGGUAGCAUAAGGUACGAGAGUGAAAAUAACUCUUGAUGAAAUGUUGUAUAGUGUAGGUUUAUCUACAGAAUGUCUUUAUUUAAGCUCAUAAAAUCAUGUUUGUAGUUUUAAUAGUCAAUUAUCAUGUUUGUAGUUCAGUAAAUUCUGUAUUUUUAUAGACCUUCUGUAUUUUUAUCAUGUUACUAUGUUGUGAUUGAAUUUGAAUUUGUUAAGUUUUGCCAGAAUUACAAUACACACUACACAUAUGAAUAUUACAAAAUACAAAACAUUACAAAUGACAGGAGUUUGAUACAGGACACAUGUCCGUAGCUAUUCUAUCCCUUAUUUAUGUUUUAUUAUUUUAUACUUGCUCUUUAAACUUAUAUAUACAUUUAUGGUAAUGAUUUAUAAACUGUAUGUUACAUUACCAUUCGUCACCAUCAUUGCUACACAGACUGAAGAGCGAAAGCUAAAAGUCUAGGGACAAAGCCGCACAGGCACAAAACAGUUUCGAAGAGCACAUCAAGAGACAGUCAGGGUUACCAGAUAGGUAUUAAACACAAUGAAAUUUGGAGAUCUUGGGAGAUUUGAGUGCGAAAAUUGUUUAUAUCAAGCACGUCCCAGAGGUGCUAAAACUUUUCCCUAAAAAAAUCAUGGGGGCGACUCUGACCUACUCUGCUGUCUGGAUUGCUCCAUCAUCACCACCACUACUAUCAUAAUUUAAUCUGCAGAUAAAGCAUGGCUUCAUCUCCGAACAACAAGGACCCUCCUCAUGUUAGCCUUCAUCGCCGAUCACAACCAAACGGGAGCAUUCAGAAAUACAGACCUUGGCGAUUUAUGCAUGCCGUCAACUUACCAUUAAGCCAGGAAGGCGAUAGACGUCAGUCGUUGCCUGCCAAAAUGUCCCAGAAUCCCCCAUCUGUAUCAAAGGCCAAACAGGGACGGAAACGUAGAGUGUCAGAGUCUACACCAGGAUGGAACCCUAUUGCGAAAAAGAAACGACCGAGAUCUGAGGGAGACAUGAGUACAGCAAGGGCGUUGCGGUUUAGUCCAUACGCCGGUUCAACACAACCUGCACCAAAGAGUGAAGAACGGAGUUUAGAAAGGGUAAAGUUGAUCAGUAUUCAUUUUGGAAUUAGAGUGACCAUAUUAUAAACAUCAUUAUCACCAUUUCAACAGUAUUACCUUCAAUGUUAUUACCAAUGUCAGCACCAUCGGUCCACCAUCACCAAACCAUCAUCACUACCACCAUCACUACUACCACCACCACCACCAUCAUUACCAUCAUCACCAUCAUCACUACUAUCAUCAUCACCACCACUACCAUUAUCAUCACAACCACCACCAUCGUCAUACUACCACCACUACCAUCAUCAUCAUCAUCAUCACCACCAUCAUCAUCACCACUACUACCACCAUCAUCAUUACUACCACCACUACCACCAUCAUCAUCACCACCAUCACUACUACCAUCAUCAUCAUCAUCACCAUCAUCAUCACUACUACCAUCAUCACCACCACUACCACCAUCAUCACAACCACUACCACCAUCAUCACAACCACCACCAUAAUCAUUACUACCACCACUACCACCACUGCCACCAUCAUUACCACCACUACCACCAUCAUUACCACCACUACCACCAUCAUCAUCACGACCACUACAACCACCAUUACAACCACCACCAUCAUCAUUACUACCUCCACUACCACCAUCAUUAUUACCACCAUCAUCAUCACAACCACUACAACCACCAUUACAACCACCACAUCAUCAUUACUACCACCACCACCAUCAUCACCAUCAUCAUCAUCACCACUACCACCAUCACCACUACCACCAUCAUCACCACCCUCACCAUUGUACCUAAUAAUCAUUAAUAAUUGCAUAUUUCAGCUAACGCAACAAAUCUUGGACGACUACUUCGCCACAAGACAAGCACCACAACGUUAUGAACAAAAACUUCACUUGAGAGAUUACUUGUUGUCUAUUUUUAGAACAGCCUUUCCAGGUAAUAUUAAGAAUAUUCUGCCUGUCAUUAGUCUCCCUUGCAGUUGGCAAUAGACAAUUCUCAUUAUAGACUAAUUUUAAAACUAGGCAAGGAGAUGCACAUAAAUCACCACAGCUAGAAAGAGCAAACUAGAAUAAGUAAAAUUGCAAAGUUUCGUUGCGAAAUGUUGUAAAAUGCGGAAAAUAUAGCCUUGCAAAGUUCGCAAAUUUUGUAUACUUUUGUAUUGCGUGCGAAAAUUCCUACCACAUUUGGGCCGAAAAUGGUAGCAAUUUCCGCACGCAAUACAAAAGUAUACAAAAAUCUAUAUUUUCCGCAUUUUAUAACAUUUCGCAACAAACUUUGCAAUUUUACUAAAUUUUAGUAUGCUCUUCCUAGCUGUGGUGAUUUAUUUCCAUUUCCUUGCCUAGUUUUAAAAUUAAUCUAUAAUGGGAAUUGUCUAUUGUGUUAUGCCAGCUGUCACGGAUGGAAUGAAAGCCAGACUUAUUGAUUGUACUUCUCUUCAGGUUGUUCGUUACAUAUAUGUGGUUCAACGUGCAAUGGCUUAGCAACAAAUGAGAGCGAUGUAGACUUGUGUUUACUACUUACUGAAACGAGAAAGGUUUGAAGCAUUCGUUCACAGUAUCUGUCUAGUUUUCUGUUUGUGGAAAAUCAGAGGUGUAACUUAACACUUGCCCGGGGCAAGUGAAUAUCAUGAUGGGCAAGUGAACGUUUUAUCUUAUAGUGCAUUUGUGGGCCACAGCUAGAUCUAAGGCAGUAUAACUUGGCCAUAUAGAGCAGUGGGAGAACGGGUCGACAUGUUGUCCCCUCAAUCUAUACCCCCUAUCUAGUUACCCCAGUGGCCAUGUCUGAUAGCAAGUGAAUUUUAUUCAGGGCAACUAAUUUUCAUGUCCAACUUGCCCUGAAGGCAAAGUUACACCACUGAAAAUACCUCGUUUACUGAUUGAGUAAAGAGGUGUUUUCUGAAACAAAAAAAGAAUUAUUAAUAUUGAAGUAUUGAUUGUUGUGCAAACCUGUUUGUGAAAGAUCUGUUCGUGUUAUUGUUUUCAGAUUGAUCAAAAAUUUGAAGCACGAAGGAUACUUCAUCAACUAAACAUGAUGUUGAAACGAUCAGGUGAGGUUUCAUUGAUUGCGCCCAGUUAUUAUACAUUGAGAUCCUUUGGCCAAAUCAGAAAUUACUUUAGGGUGUGCAUUCAAUUUGUUGAACCUGUAUAAUUGUUGAAUCACAAAUAUAUUAGUAAUUUGUUUCGUUAAUGCUGUUGAAGAUAAUGCUGUUGAACCUGAACUAAUUUGUUGAACUGGUUUAUCAAACCUAUCUUCUUUUCACAGCGUACAUUCAAAGAUGUCAUGUGAUUCAUGCCAAAGUACCGAUCCUAAAGUUCAGAGAUUCUAAAAGGUGAGGCUUCUGACCUACCUCCAUACAAAAUCUGUCAAAAAAAUUUCCGGGCAAUAAAAACUGGAAUGCCUAAAAUGAGUUACUGACAACUAUUGUGUUUUUGUGUUUCAGUGGAUGCGACUGCGAUGUGAAUAUCAAUAAUACUGUUGUAAGUUGAAAUGUUAAACUUACAUAAACAUCCAAAUUAAAUGUUGUCAGUAGAUUUUGUGAAUUGAAAGACGAAUUUUUUGUAGGGUAUCAAAAACACGCACUUAUUACAAGGCUAUUGUGGAUGUAAGUAGAUGUUGUACGUAUGAUAUUUUGUCUAUACAAUAUUGCUGGGUGUCAAUAAGUGUUACAGUACAAGGCAACAAAUGAAUUUCACAAAUGAUAUUUUAUAUUUCAGACGACUGGAGAGUGUCGCCGUUAAUAAUGAUAGUUAAGAAAUGGGCAAAAAGGCACGGGAUUAAUGAUGCAAGUCAGGGCACGUUGUCUAGUUAUUCCAUUGCCAUGAUGGUAUUACAUUAUUUACAAGGUAAGUUAGAAAAGUUGCAAGAUUUAAUUAAUUAAUAAACAGUAGUUUUAUAAUUUUCGCAUUUUUAAUUUGUUCUUGUAGAACCAUGUCAGCCACCUGUUGUUCCUAGCCUUCAAAUGGCUUAUCCAGUAA